AUGGUGUCCACUCUCUACGCCAGGAAACGCACCCGCCAGCUCUCUCCUAUGUCACCUCCGAUAGUUCCUUCGAAUCCACAGGCCAUCAAGUCGAGCCUCAUCCCACCACUACCCAUGACUCCCCCAGACCCGGGCGUUGAUUCCGCAUCCUCGUCAUCACCCCAUCCAUCGUCUGUCGAUACGGCAAUCCAUGUCAUUGCUACGGAACGGGCCGCCCUGGAAAACCUUGAGCGAGUCUAUAGCACCAACGAGAUGGCGCGGAAUAACAUGGAACGAGCUGUGGAACAGAUUGCUAACACUAUCAAUGCGGGAUCCAAGCUGAUUGUAUGUGGAGUUGGGAAGAGUGGUAAGAUCGGGGAAAAGGUCGUGGCUACAAUGAACAGUUUAGGGAUAUACUGCUCGUUCCUGCAUCCAACGGAAGCGCUACACGGAGACCUUGGCAUGGUGAGGCCGACGGACACCGUCCUCUUCAUCACAUAUUCUGGCAAAACAUCUGAGCUACUGCUCGUCCUUCCACAUUUCCCCCCGACAACGUCUGUUAUUGUGAUAACAGCGUACAAACAGCCAUCAUCGUGUCCACUACUAGCUGGUUCUAGUAAUGCCAACACAAUUCUACUUCCCUCACCCAUCCAUGAACCAGAGGAAGUUUCGUUCGGUGUUUGUGCUCCUACAAGCUCGACCACUGUUGCACUGGCUGUUGGCGAUGCUUUGGCUCUCGCCGUGGCUCGACGGCUUCAUACCACACCUGGAAGAGGGCCCGCUGAGGUUUUCAAGGGAUAUCACCCCGGUGGUGCUAUCGGAGCUGCUACAGCUGCCGCCGCUUCGACAUCAAUAUCUGGGAGCUCAACACCCCUGACUUCUACAUCAACUACCCCUUCACAGUCGAUGUCUGUCAACGACAUUCAAGAUGAACCUGAGCCAGCAUUACCACCUACUGAAACAACACUUUGUCAUUCAAUAACAGAUGUCAUGAUCCCGGCAGAGUUAAUCCCCACGGCAUCACCAAGGAAUGGUUAUCCACUACGUGUAGUUGAUGUGAUGCGUGCGUCCCUUCGAGGCUCGACUUCCAAGCCUUGGGCUUUUAUACGGCCUGGUUACAUUGUUUCACCCCGAAGGCUGCGGAACAUGGUUGCGUGCAAUGACCCAGAGGAUAAUAUCGGAAAUGUCGACCGCGAUAUGUCGAUUGGACAUCAAACUGAAGAAUGGGUACGCGUACCCAGUACCAGCACGGUUGACAAUGUCCGACAAAUCCUGGACCGGCAAAAGCAAUCCAACAAUGCAAGCCCGCUAAAUACAGCCAUGAAGCGAGAUUCAGAAGGAAACACAGUACACCGCAAACGACGUGUCAUCAGCGUCAUCAAUGAGAUGACCAACACGGUAGUUGGUUUCGCCGAAGAAGAAGAUUUAGAGCACAGCGAGGACAUGUUCAAAUGA